GAGCAGUGAUGUAAUGCCGAAGCAGGCCAUUGGUUGGCCGACCACAGUGAGCAGAGGAGGGAGGGAGAGACGGAGGGAGGGAGCGAUAGAGGAGAGGAGCGUCUCUGGGAGAACAGGGGCUUGUCAGACUGGCUUGCAGCGAGAUGUCAGAGUCUUAGUCAGCGUGAGAGGGGGGUCUGAGGGAUCAGCUCUGGCAACCCUGCCGACUGCUCUGGUUUACUGAAGAGGCUGCAGGCUGCAGAGGAAGGAGUUGGGGGAGCCUGGGAAGAAACGAUCUGCGGCCAUUUGCACUGCGGCUUCCCUGCCUGAGCCCAGCGUCGAGGCUUCGGCUGUCUGUCUGCCGCUUGCCUGUCUGUCUGUCUGUCUUUCUGUCUGUCUGUGUGAAGCCGGGACUGCUAUUCCUCCUAUCUUUGUGGAUCUGUAGGACUGAGUCCUCCUGCCUGUUUCAUCCCUUUGUGUCUGUGUGUGACUGUGUGUGUGACCGGUUGUGUGUGUGACCGUGUGUGUGUGUGUGUCUUCUUCUCUUGCAAAUAUGAUGAGACAGACUCCCGCCCCACGGAAGACCACGGCCAGACGGCCCAAGCCCACCCGGCCCACGGGGACCUCCAAGCCGGGGGCCUCAGGCUCGGCUUCGGCCGGGGAGAUGAGCAGCAGUGAGCCCAGCACCCCGGCCCAGACCCCCCUGGCUGCCCCGGUCAUCCCCACUCCGGGAGGGCUGCUUUCCCCCGGGGCCCCCCCGCCUCCACUGCCCAGCAAGGGCAACGUCUCUAUGGCAACACAGGAGGAGGAAUCCCUGCGUGGCCAGGUGAAGGACCUGGAGGAGAAGCUGGAGACCCUGAGGAUGAAGCGCUCGGAGGACAAGGCCAAGCUGAAGGAGCUGGAGAAGAGCCGCAUCCAGCUGGAGCAGCUGCAGGAGUGGAGGAGCAAGAUGCAGGAGCAGCAGGCCGAGCUGCAGAGACAGCUCAAGGAGGCCAAGAAGGAGGCCAAGGAGGCACUGGAGGCCAAGGAGCACUACAUGGAGGAGAUGGCCGACACGGCGGACGCCAUCGAGAUGGCCACGCUGGACAAGGAGAUGGCGGAGGAGCGGGCAGAGUCUCUGCAGCAGGAGGCAGACUCCAUGAAGGAGCAGGUGGAGGAGCUCACCAUGGACCUGGAGAUCCUGAAGCACGAGAUCGAGGAGAAAGGGUCAGACGGAGCUGCCUCCAGUUACCAUGUCAAGCAGCUGGAGGAGCAGAACGGCCGACUGAAGGAGGCUCUGGUCAGGAUGCGUGACCUGUCAUCAUCGGAGAAGCAGGAGCACGUGAAGCUGCAGAAGCAGAUGGAGAAGAAGAGCUUAGAGCUGGAGGUCUUGAGGAGCCAGAGGGAGAAGCUGCAGGAGGAGCUGGCGCUUGCCGAGAAGACCGUGGACGAGCUGAAAGAGCAGGUGGAUGCUGCUCUGGGGGCGGAGGAGAUGGUGGAGACCCUGACGGAGAGGAACCUGGACCUGGAGGAGAAGGUCAGGGAGCUGAGAGAGACCGUCACCGACCUGGAAGCCAUCAACGAGAUGAACGACGAGCUGCAGGAGAACGCCCGGGAGACGGAGCUGGAGCUGAGGGAGCAGCUGGACCUGGGCGCGGCGCGCAUCCGGGAGGCGGAGAAGCGCGUGGAGGCCGCCCAGGAGACCGUGGCCGACUACCAGCAGACCAUCAAGAAGUACCGCGAGCUCACCACUCACCUGCAGGAAGUGAACCGGGAACUGACGAGUCAGCAGGAGGCCUCGGCAGAGCAGCAGCAGCAGCCUCCAGCCGAGAUGUUCGACUUCAAGAUCAAGUUUGCUGAGACCAAAGCCUACGCCAAGGCCAUAGAGAUGGAGCUAAGGAAGAUGGAGGUGAGCCAGGCUAACAGGCAGGUGUCCCUGCUCACCUCCUUCAUGCCCGACUCCUUCCUGCGUCACGGAGGAGACCACGACUGCAUCCUGGUGCUGCUGCUCAUCCCCCGGCUCAUCUGCAAGGCGGAGCUCAUCAGUAAGCAGGCUCAGGAGAAGUUUGACCUGAAUGAGAGCUGCACCGUGCGGACGGGGCUGAGAGGAGGGCAGGGCGAGCAGAUGAGCUUCGCUGCCGGCCUGGUCUACUCUCUCAGUCUGCUGCAGGCCACGCUGCACAGAUACGAACAGGCUCUGGGUCAGUGCAGUGUGGAGGUGUAUAAGAAGGUGGGCUCUCUCUACCCUGAGAUGAGCAUUCACGAGCGCUCCCUGGACCUUCUGAUCGAUCUGCUGCACAGAGACCAGCUGGACGAGACCGUCAAUGUGGAGCCCCUGACCAAGGCCAUCAAGUACUACCAGCACCUGUACAGCAUCCACCUGACUGACCAGAUGGAGGACUGCACCAUGCAGCUGGCUGACCACAUCAGGUUCACCCAGAGUGCCCUGGACUGCAUGGCGGUGGAGGUGGGGAGGCUGCGAGCGUUCCUGCACACGGGCCAGGAGGAGACGGACCUGGCCGUUCUGCUGAAGGACCAGGAGACGUCCUGCUCGGACAUCCGCCAGUUCUGCAAGAAGAUCCGGCGUCGCAUGCCUGGCACCGACGUGCCGGGGAUCCCGUCUGCUCUCACCUUCGGAACCCAGGUGUCGGACACCCUGCUGGACUGCAGGAAGCACCUGACGUGGGUGGUGGCCGUGCUGCAGGAGGUGGCGGCUGCAGGGGCCCAGAUGAUCGCUCCUCUGGGGGAGCAGGAGGGCCUGUCUGCCCUCAGACUGGAGGACGUGGCCUUCAAGGCUGGAGAGCAGAUCUACGGAACCCCGGGUGCCAAUCCGUACGAAUGCCUGCGCCAGUCGUGCAGCAUCGUCAUAGCAACCAUGAACAAGAUGGCCACGGCCAUGCAGGAAGGAGAAUACGAUGCUGAGAAGCCCCAGAUCCGGAAUCCUCCUCCGGUGGAGGUGCGGGCGGCGGCGCUGCGUGCCGAGAUCACCGACGCUGAGGGUCUGGGCAUGAAGCUGGAGGACAGGGAGACCGUCGUCAAGGAGCUGAAGAAGUCCCUGAAGAUCAAGGGGGAGGAGCUGAGCGAGGCCAGCGUGCGUCUCAGCCUGCUGGAGAAGAAGCUGGACAGCUCGUCCAGAGAUGCGGACGAGCGCGUGGAGAAGAUCCAGACCCGGCUGGACGAGACCCAGACGCUGCUGAGGAAGAAGGAGAAGGAGUUUGAGGAAACCAUGGACGCCCUGCAGGCCGACAUCGACCAGCUUGAGGCGGAGAAGGCGGAGCUGAAACUGCGUCUCAGCAGCCAAUCAAAGAUGACCAUGGACGGCCUGAGAGGAACGCCUCCCUCGGGCAUAGCGUCUGUCGUCACGGGGAUGGCAGGAGAGGAACAGAAAGGAGGGGCUGUGAUGGCAGCUAUGGGGGCGGGGCUGCAGGUGAUCGACUCCCCCCUGCUGACUCAGCAGAUCGACGCUCAGCGACUCAGCAUCAAGCACCUGAAGAACGAGAACAACAAGCUGAAGGCUGAGAAGAUGCGUGUCCAGCUGGCCUCCCUGACGCCCCUCAACGUGGCCAAGCUGCCGUCCCGAGACGGCGCCCGUCCAGAGGUGCUCUCCAGCGCCCUCUACCGCAAGACGGACCAGCUGCUGGACACUCUGCUGCAGAUGAGCGCCAACGUCAAAGUGGUGGACGUCACCGGGAGGUCUCCAGUCACUCCUAGCGCCCAGCUCCUGGAACAGACGGCCAGACUCCAGUCGCUAAGUGACACCCUUGACAGACUGAAGGAUGAGGUAGCGGAGCACGUGGUGACUCAGCGUCCUGGCGCUCGGGCCUCCUCACACUUCGCCACGUUCCCCUCCACGGCUUUUGUUAAGGCCAAGGAGGAGAGGAGGGGGGACACAGUGUUGGUGGGCAGGGUCAUGCUGCCGUGCUCCCGGGGUCAGGAGCAGGCUCACCGGCUCGUCCUAUCACAGGCUGAGCUCCAGAGAGUGCACCGCCUCCUGCUGACCUAAGCACCCGCCCCCAGCCCCGCCCCCCACAGCCCUGCUUGAGACUAGCCUCCGCCCCCCCUGCCGUUCGCUGUGUGUGGUUAGUAGGACGAAGCAGUAUAGGCCAACAGUGCGUCUGUUUGUGUUUCUCUCAAGGUUACGUUAACGACUCAGCACAUAUGAUGACGCCACUCUGAUGUUGCUGUGUCUGACGUGAUCGGCUGUUGUGCCCUCUUUAUACAUCACAACUAAAGGGAUGAUCAGCUGUGAGGUCAGGUUGAUCUGAGGUCUUUGUCCAAGUUACAUGAUGGCUACUGUACAGAAUACUACUUCCUCAAAAGGAUUUCAGAGAAGGAAAAACACAUUUGAAUAAGGGACUUUAUGAAGCAUUAGUUGAUUUUCUUGCACAUAAGUUUUGACUUUGUAUUACUUUAAAAAGUUACUUUUAUUAAGGAGCAUUGUUUGUCUUAAAUUAUAGAAUUACAAUUUUUUUUUCCAAAGGGUAACUUUAGUAUUUAUUGCACACGAACGCCAGUCCAUUGUUGCAGGAUACUUUUACAUGCUUGGUAUUUGUGAUUUACCAUGUGAGUAAUGUCAUAUGAAACUUCAGAGCUAAUAUAACGGAAUUGUAUCGCAUUUGUAAGGUGUUUGAGAAACAUAUCAUUGUGUAGAAUGACCGUGUCCUGGCCUGACCCUGCAGAGAUACUCGCGGUUCAGGCUGGUCAUAUAUGCCUUAUCCUUUACUUUCUAGCUCAAACCUCAUUCAUUGCAAAACCAACAUCUCUGCCAAAGAUUCUACGUUUUUUAAUCCGCCACAUUUUUCAUCUUUGGAUUUCAAAAAAACAUUUUAUUUUAAUACACUUCAAGCUACACCAUAUUAGAUUGUUAUAUCAUGUAUUUAUAGUCAAGUAUAUAGUAUAAAAAAAUAUGUACACACCAACAGUAUUCGGUAUUGAGGAGUUGUGGGGUUUUGUCGUUGAGAACUUAUCGCAUUAUUAGCAUCUUGAAAGAAAAGGUGUGCCCUCUCACGAGAGCCCAGCCCAGCCCCUGGCUCCCUCCGUGCCCUCUCUGUGCCCUCUCUGUGCCCUCUCUGUGCCCUCUCUGUGCC